AUGCUGUUCGAUGACUCUGCAAGGCCAGACCACCCGCAACCCUUUCCUUCCUCCAUCCAAGAAGCCGACACAGCGGCAGCCGUUUCAUGGCCUCGACCAUCCAACCCGGCGUCCUCUCGACCCUCUCCGCACUCUCCUGACUGCUUCAGCAGCAGCACAUCUUCAGCGCCAGUCCCGCAGCACGCCGCCUCGAGCGUGCCCCCACACAUCACACGCGCUUCCUCGGCGCAUCCCACGUCGCUUGCUAGCAGAAGCCUGGUUGCGACCUACUGGACCGUUGCAGCGACCGUGAGUCGCGCGUCGCAAGUCACCAUGGACGACGAUGUAGAGAUGGACGACGAGCAGGAGCAGGAGCACGAUGCCGUCGACGACACUGUCUACGACGAUCCCGACGCCGACAACGACGACAUGGAUGAUGUAGACGACGACGAAGACGGCGAUGAUGACGAGGAGGACGACGAUGGAGAUGAAGACGACGACGACGACGAUGAUGAUGGCGAUGACGACGACGAUGAUGACGACGACAACGAGGAUGCGGACGACGACAACGACGAUGCCUCGGUCGCCGCCUCUGGCGCCGGCGCUCGUCGCUCCGCCCACGAAGAUGCCCUGUCCGCCGCCACGUACCUCCGCAAAACGCUGCUCACCGGCGGCUCGGACGGCUUCGUGCGCAGAUACGACGUGCACGCCACCAUGAACGGCAAGACCAUGCUCACGCAGAACGUGCGCCACGGCUUCGUCGAAGGCAUCACGCGCGGCGGAACCCUCUCGGCGUUUUGGCCGCACGAAGAACAUCCCCCCACCAACGGCAUCGCAUCGUCGUCAUUUCCCUCGGCGUCGGUGGCCGAAAAGGACCGGCUCGUGGGUGUCGUACACAGCCUCGCACUGCAGCAGGACGCACUGUGGGGCGUCAGUGGGUCGGAAUCGGGGAACAUCCAUCUGUAUACCCUGCGUCACGACCCCGGCGUCGCGAGGCACGUCUUUCGCAAACACAAGGGCGCCGUAUCUGCCCUAGCCCUUACAGAGGACGAGACGGGAAUGAUCUCGGGAGGAUGGGAUAGGGGCGUGCAUCAGUGGGACCUCAAUACGGGCCAGAUCGUGCGGUCGUUCCCCGGUCAUGCGGGACAGAUCUCGGGGCUCUCGUUCCGACCACACGCACCGGCGUCGGCAAGGUCACCGUCACCACGCCAGCUCAAUGUGUCCAUACACCCGUCCGCGGCCGAGAGCAGCAGCACAGAGAAGCAGCCGCAGGACGCAGACGAUGCGGGAGACGCGCAACGGCAUGCAGAGCAAGUCAAAGAGGCGCCAGGCGAUGCGCCAACUGGCCAGGAUGCAGACGAGCAAGUAGCGCAGUCCAGGCCGGGCGAAGCGCAAUCCAAAGCAGCUGCAGACAGCGAGCAAGGAGAUGCAGGGGCGGAUGCAGACGCGGCAUCCAAAUCAGUCACAGCAGAUGCACCGGCGCCGGAAGCUUCCGCACAGGACAUCACCACGUCUGCUGGGGAUGCGCCACCUCAGAGCGCCGAAGCAUCUCAUCCAACAACGCGGCCCGAGCCGGCCAGCGAUGCCGCUGCCACUGAUUCUGCAGCAAAGAGCGCCUCCCCCGGGCCCUCUGAAGCGACGCGCGUCAAGACGGAGCCGGACCCCUCGGCGCCCUCGUCUUCGCUCGGCGGUGGUGCCGCCGACGACCCGACGGAAGAAGAGCUUGCGUUCGAAGCCGAGCUUAAUGCGAGUCUGGGCAUGGCGCUCGACGGGAGCGGAGGCCCGCGCGCGGACGGCACGCGUCCGGACCGUGUCACCCUCGGCGCCAACGGUACGACUGCCGGCGGGCUGAUGGUGGCCGGAGCGGACGAGGAUCUGGACGACGAUGCGGGCGACGAUGAUCUCUUCGGCGGUUCCACGCCACCCGUCAGCGCCGCCAAGGACGCGCGCGAAUCGGCACGAAAUGGUCGCGACGAGAGCGAUGGUGACGACUCGCUCUUCGGGGACGGAGAUGAAGAUGCGGAUGGCGAUGCGGAUGCGGAUGCAGAUAUGGAUGCCGAGGCGGACGCAGAUGCGGACGAGGAUGGCGAUGAUGCGGAUGGGUCGUCGGAUGAGGAUAUGCCUCUGGCAGGUCGGGCCAUGGUGAAGAACGCUUCGUCCCAAAGCACAUUGGUUGCCGAGUCGGAGUCGGUACCGCUUUCUCUGCCCUCCAGCACUGUAAAAGACGUCAAGGUUUCGUCGCCCACGGCGGCUGUUCCGGACGCAGGACCCAAGAAGACGCUACCCCAACCGGCGUUUGGCGGGUUCAGCGUAUCGUCGUCCUACUCUGCGCCGAUCUCGUCGUUCAGUCCAUCGGUGAUGCUGUCCACAUCGCUCUCGGGUCAGGCGAUUCUAUGGGAUCUUCGCUGUCCCUCCUACGUCACCGAUGGCGAAGCGCGCGGGGUACAUUCACUUGGUCUACCUUCCAAGGUGCCGCCAUGGUGUCAAUCCGCCGUGUUCAGUUCGGAUGGUGGGAGCGUCUUCGUAGGUCGCAGAAACGAGUGCGUCGACCAUUGGGAUCUUCGUUCGCCCAAACUCGUCAACACCCUCCGUCUACCUUCCGGCUCAGGACCCGUCUACGCCCUGGCAGCCAUGCCCAAUUCAAGACACAUCGUCUGCGGCAGCUACGACAACGUGCGUCUCUGGGAUACCGCCGACACGGCCCAAGGCAAAGUCCCCUUCAAGAUCGUCGCCGGCCAUCACGGCGCAAACCUCUCAAGCGUGCUUGUAGACAGCUCAUGCAAGUUCCUCCUCACCGCUUCCGGCGAUAGAGGCUGGAUGGGCACCAGCACAGAGGCCGUCAUCAUCCACGACAUCAAACCCCUCUAA